GUGUGCCUUGGGAGACAAAAGGAGAAUUGAUGUGAGCAGGCCAAGUUAGCCGUCCCCCACAUGUUCCCUAGCAACUGCGAUUCGUGAACGCUUUUUGUCCAGCGUCCCGGCUUCGGCUGCGCGAGGACGGGUUAUCCCUGAGAUUACAACGGCUGAAUUGCCUUAGCAUGCGAGCGACGCCUCGUCGACCCUCGCGUGUUUUUCGCUACCUAUAUUAUAUGUACCAAUGCAUCUCCUCUCCUUUUACCCGUGCGCUCUUCUUUCGUCGUGUUUCUCUCGUUUUUGCCUUGACGAUGCCGUACAGCGGUCCGAUUUACUUCGAGGCAGUUGAAUGUUCGCCUACGUGUUUCAGAUGUCCCCCUGCCCUGGCGUCGUCGUCUUGUUUACACUCCAGCCUUCACGAGGCAAACGCGAGUCCCAGCUUGGUCGAAGCAGAGGCGUUUGAGUGGACGAGAGUAGAUUCUUUGACAGUAGGAAUAGACCCACUGACAGGUUGUCGAAGACUCCAACCGAGGAAUGUUUCACGCCUGAAUGACGUCCACGGCCCGCUUCUUUCGGGUUCCAGAUCGUUUGACCUCCAUUCUGCCUCUGCCUACACACGGGCGAUGACAAGACGCAGUGACGCAGGAACUACCGAAAUGACGCCGAUUAGCCGUUCGUGGAAGUCAAGAAGCGCAGGCGUUGCUCAGCCUGGCAAAAUCAGGGAACGAUCACGGUCCAAGGUUUCUUCCUCGAGCGCUGUGGUAUCACUAUCCGAGGCUUCGACUCACCCUGAUUCACUGCCUGUCUCCUAUCUUCCAACCCACAAGCGCACCGGCGAUCAUGCGUUCGACACGCACAAUAGGAUAUGGAGCUGGGUUUCGGGUGUGGACAGAGGGCAGCAGCCGUUGCUAGAUCACUCGGUGCCUCUACCAUCGGACUCUAACCUUCAGUUUCCGUGCGACGUGGGCGUGGACCCAGACUUAUAUUCACCAAGAACAGUUGCAUCAUCUCUAUCUGCCGCUGAGAUGUCUUCACCUGGUUCAUCACGGAGCAGUCCCCUUCCUGUACAGCGCAUCUCACACGUUCACUCUGCAUCUCGAGCGCCUGAUCGUCUCACUCAACGAUCCAUAAAUGAUUGGCAGCAUAUGAUGGACGAGCCUGAUUCAUUUUUAACAUCUUCACCCUGUCCCUCCUCUUGUUCAUCCUCCAUGGGCUUUGCGUCCACCUUACCUAGGGAGCACUCAAUGCCGGACGAGACCGUGUACAGGAGUCUUCUGGACAGAUGGUCGGAGUCGGAAGAAUGGAGGAUAGAGGAGGACCAACGAAAUGACGAACAAAUGUGGGACGUAAAUCCCGAAUAUAAUGUCGACACAUACCCUCGAUCAGCAACAUCGUCGUCAAACCAUUCCGACGUCGAGACGCACCCCAUUAACGCCUUACCAAUUCUCCUUGACCAACAUGGAUUUUCAACAUUACUCUCACAAAGUUUCGCACUUGCCCUUGCGGAUGCUUCCCUGGACGAAAAUGACAGCUUUCAAGCUUUCAAGCGCACUGCGGCCGCGGAUGCCGAGAUGGAAGAAGACAACGUGUCGCAUAUAUCCUACCCAGCGCAUCUUCAGGACUUCGACUUUAUGGAUCAAUGGUCCCCACCGGCACUCCGCUCGUCCUCUUCUGCUUCUUCACUGGACCCCUUUCAACUGGAGUUGUUCUCGCCGACGACGGAGCAACCUGAUCCUGCGGCGAUCUGGAGUGCCCGUCGUUCACCAGCGACUUCGUCGGAAUCACUUGAAUUCUUUUCAACAUCACCUUUUGUAGGGUGGUCAUCUACUUCGGGAACGGAGGCAAAACCAACCUUACUCACGCUCGGCCAUAUGCAUAAAUCGACGCCAUUCGCCGACAUUCCUCUAUACCAACCCCAACCAAUUCGGCCCAUUCCUCCCAUAGACAUUCCCGUCAAUCCUUCAGACGAGUUUCCAGAAAGGGAUUACUAGCACACGCAUACAACGCAACGUGGACUAGUUAUACGCCGACUUUCCCGGGUAUCAGGUUUCCGUUCUGUUUUUACCCUUUCAUUUGCCUUCGUUCGUCGCGCGUUGCGUUGUCAGCUGUCGUUGUCGCUCGUUGAUUUGUUCCUGUUUUUCGUUUUUUUCUUAUUUUACCACGGCACUAUACGGUCACUGACUACUGUAUGCUUCUUCGAGUUCUUACUCUGCUGUUACUCCACUCUGUUCUCAUUCUGUUCUCAAUGUUGAUAUUCCUGGAUAGCCGAUUCGGAAUUUGUUGUUGUUCAACCUGUUGAUUUACUAUAAAUGUACAUACAUGAUGUAGAUGUCGCAUGUUGUUGCUGCUGUUGUACACUGCAUUAUUAUUAGAACCUGC